ACUGUCGUGUGAGAUAAAUAACUGGCGCAUUUUCACUUCUGAUCAGAAGCUGCAGCAGGCAGAAUCACACACUCGUGUUCUUGGUAAUUGACAGGAGAAGUUCAACUAUGAAAAUACUUAUUGUCAUCGCACUGGCUGUCCUGAUUCAGGAAAACCAUGCCACUCUGGUUAUCAAAGGGCCAACCAAGUCAGUGGUGGCAGGAGAGAGCGUCGAAAUAGAGUGUCUGUACACAGACUCGGAGUUCAACAUCAGCCAGGUCCGCUUCGAGUUCUCCUACGACGAGGGCUCCAUUUGGUUUGAGGUGUAUGAAAGAUCUACGUUUUGCGCCCUUGUGGUUUAUCGGACAUCUGAACGUUUGGUCCUGCGCCUCAGAGCAUACUCCUACCGUAUGUCUAUGUAUCGCUGUGUGUCUGAAGCUGAAAAUGUGACAGCGCCAAACAACGCCUCUGAACCGUGGGCCCUCAAAGUGGAAUUCAUGUCCGACUUGACCCUAUCGAAGGAAGGCUACACCAAGUACCUGGGCAUCCCAAAGGAGCUGAGCGUGCGUCCUGGUGACGAUGUGGUCCUUACGUGUUCCGCCCGUUCAUCAGAGGAGCCAAGCUACUUUUGGAACAAGGAGGGCAGCGACUGGAACCUCCCUUCAGCAACAAUGAUGUUGAGGAAAGUGAGCAAGGCAGACGAAGGACAAUACAGUUGCACGGCCCAGCAUCCUCUCGUUGAGUCUCUGAGCAAAAAAUCCUCCGUCAAAAUUAUUGUGCUGGAAGAGGACGCCCCCUGGUACCAGUCCACCGAUGGCCGUCUCAUUCUGAUGACCUCAGCGUCUGUGGCGGCUCUCCUGGUCCUCCUUCUGUCCAUGACUGUGUUUCUUUGCCGCAGGGCCAAGCGAGCCAGGACCAUCAAAGGACCCAUAGAUGACCACUCUCAGAAGAAGCCUAUCUACAAAAGCAGUUCAGAGAGCCUGCCUUCUUCCUGCGAAGACAAACACCCCCUGGUGUGACUGGGUAAGCAGAUGGAAGAAUAAGCCCGUCUACAAAGUCCAGAAAAUGAGGAGACAGUUGAAGAAAAAUCAAAAUUGUGUCAUGGAUAUUUGUGGAAUUUAGGGAGGACAAAAUCAUAAUAAAAUAACCAUUUGGAUACGACAACAGCUGGGGAAAUAAUUACUUCAGAGACGUACCAGCUGCUCGGCUUGUAGACUCAAACGUAGGCAAUUUUAUCUUCAUUUACGCUGCGGCAGAGCAAAUGGUGAAAGGAGACGGCGGUGAGGUAGGGGUUCUUAUUUCCUGUAAGAACUAGAAAGAGACUGGCUUUGGCAUUUCCGCUGCAAAAUAAUUGCUCUGCUUUGUAUUUUCAAUCAACAGAAUAGGGUGAUUUUUUUUUUUUUUUCUUUAGAUGAAGUUUCUUAUUUUCAUCGAACAGGGGUGUCAAACAUACGGCUCGUGGGCAAAAACUGGCCCGCUAGGGUCUUCAAUCCGGCCUGCUUGAUGAAUUUUGGAAAGAAAAAAAAAAUAGAUAUAUAUUACAAAAUAUAUUUUGUAAAAUUAUAUUUAAUUAAAUAUGAAUAAAUCAUAAUAGUAUCUGAUAUAUGGUUACUGCAUUAAAACAAAGGGGAAAAACAUGGACUUAACUUCACUUGUUAUUAAUAGUUAACUAUGUUAUAAUUGUACUGGUCCGGCCCACUUGGCAUCUAAUUAGGUUGUAUGCGGCCCGUGAACCAAAAUUAAUUUGACACCCCAGUUCUAGAAUCAUAAUAUCAUAAUGUCAUAUCAUUCAGUUUAUUUUGGAAUUCUGUAUUAAUUACGACUUUACUCUUGUAUGUUACACAUACCACUGAUUUAUUACAACUAUAAAGAUACAAAUUACAUUGUAAAGGCUGACAUGCAGUUUUGAUUUGCACUAUUUUUGUUUUCUUUGUUCUUGUAUCAGUUUGUUUAUGACUUCCUGUUUCUGUCUGUCGUGGGUUUCUGUCGUUCCAAGAGGUUGCUGGGUUGGUAGAUUGUUUAGAGAUUAUAAAAAAAAAACAUGCAAGUAAUGUUUUGAAUGCACUUUCUUAAUCUAAACUAUAAUUCAAUAAACAUUUUUUUGAGUGUU